AUGGCACCACCACCUUCACUGUUGCCCUACUGGGUUGACCGGUGUGCCUCACCUUCCAUGUGGUGGACCAUCUGGCCCACGAUCAUUAGGUUCGACUCUUGUGCCACCAUCUCGAAACCAACCAGCUGUGCACCCUCACCAGUGCGUGCCAUGGGCCAUGUCCAACUAACAAGAUUGUCCCACUGUUAUCACCAUGUCAUUGGACCAGCCAACUUGUUGGCAUAUGUCAAAACCAGUGUGGAAGUUUGCUCUGGCCAAUUGUGUGCUAUUGCCACAGGUGUGGUGCAGUUUGACAAACAGAGACAUGGAGUAAUCAAGUUGGCCAACCUGAGCACCACUACAUUUCAAGUUCAGAAUGGUAGUCUUUUGGCUACUGUGGAAAUAAUGGGAAGUAUAAACGCAAUUUCUAUAAAGAACGAUAAUAACACUUCUUCUACCCCAGCUUCCACCACAACCCCAGGGGACCCAUUCGACUUAAAGGAUAUGUCAGUGGACGCUGAUCUUGAUGAAAACCACAAGCUCACAUGGUUACAACCACGGUACAACAUCACAUUGACACGCACAAUCAUCUACCAAUCUCCAGCCCACCUCAUCGAGUGUCAGCGGCUGAGACUGACAAAAUUAAUGACAUGA